AUGCCGGCGAAACGUCUGGAAAUCUCCCUUUGUGAUCCAGUCACGCAGAAACUGGUUGAAACGCGCAUCACCCAUCGUCAAGCUGGUUGUUCAUGCCUAAAGACGGUGAAGAAGCGCACCUGCGACUGCACUUGCCCUCAGCCGAGAAGGAAUCGCAUUUGUCACCAGCGCCAGGGUCUUGUGGAGACGGUUCUCGAACGGUAUGCCCUCAGCGCCGACCAGUGCAUCUGCAAUCUGCAUCGUCAAGUUAAUCGAGAAAAGAUUAGUCUCUUGUACAGUUUGCCCGUGCCUCGUAGCUGCUGGACGAGGCACUCGCAACAAAUGACGCCUCAGCGACCAUGUUUGUGCCCCAUCCAUUCUGAAGGCGUCUGGAGAGACCCAUUUUGUGUCACCAUAGCAACAAGGCCCCAACCUCACAUUCACCCAAUGUCUGGCAGGGCGGUUCACCGACAGUUUUGGGCAGAAGAAAAGGGAAGUAUUUCCAAUCCUGCAGUGGGGGGCGUCCAGCAACGCAGUCGUGCAGUGCUCACGGUUGCCGUGGUGACCUGCUCAAAGGUUCGCCGGCAGAUUCGACAAUCUCCGUGCCGACCGCUAACUACUAAACAAUCCUCAUUGGGCCAAAAUGCCAGCCACGAGGACACCUACAAGAGGAUCACUUGGACCACAGAGGAGCAAGUCGGAUGCGAUUGUAUUCUGCGCCAGCACGCAAAGCUUGAAGUUUGCGGUAUGUAA